AUGCUGGAUCCGAUCGGAUCUUACCGGAUCCGACAAUCUGACAAAAUCCGAUCGGAUUCCUGGAAACGGAAUUGCAUUGGAAUCCGACUAGAAAAAUCCCAAAAUCCAGGAAAUCCAUGUUUCGGAUCCGACGAGAUUCGACGUGGGAUCCGAUCGGAUCCGAGACCGUCGGAAUCCAAUGCGAUUCCGUCACCAGGAUUUCAUCGGAUCCGUCGAAUUCCUGUAGGAUCCGAUAAAAUUGUGUAUUGGAUCCGAUGGGAUCCGAGUAUGGGAUUGUUCGACCUGGGCUGUUGGGAAGAUUAG